AUGCUUCAACGUUCCGUUCAAGCCAUCCAGCACGCCCAUUCUUUCUCAGUUCAAUCUUUUGAAAACCGUGAGAAGCUAGCUGAAAAGAAGAGGGAGGUCUCCAGCCUUCAAAAAACCAAUAAAAACUUGCAAUCCAAGAUGAAGACCCUGGAGGAUCAAGCCGAGGUCGCUAUUAAAGCAAAAGACGAAGCUGAAGAGAAGGUUGGUGCUGCUGAGGCGAUAAACAAAGUCCUUCAAGCCCAGCUGAAGGAGGCCGAGGAUAAAGUGGCCCAAGCCCAAAAAGAGCUUCAAGACGCCUUGGCCACCAAAGAGGCCGAAAUCAAGGACACCGACGAGAAGGCGUAUGCCCAGGGCAUGGCCGAUGUCACGGAGGCCUAUGAAAAGCAAGUCAAGCAAGCAUGCAACAAGGAUGAGGAGGGUGAAAAGGUCCCAAAAGAUACUGCGACUGAGAAGACAUCGGCCGUCGUUCCCCUUGCCGACAAGACCCUGGAUGAAACUCUUGUAGAAAUUGACGCCGAGCUCGCGGCGGAUAAGGCUGCUGAGAUGUCUUCCCAACAAUCGUCUGAACUUCAAACUCAACCAACUGCUACUGCUGAGGAGUCUUAA